CUUACCCAAAACUACACGGCAGAGAGACGAUCACACGGGCGUUUUCACCGCUGUCGUCGUCGCGCUCCAACCGAUCCGGCGACCAGUUUUGCUUUCGGUUCGCCCAUUCCGGCCACUGGCGAAUCCACCGAGACCGACAACUCUCUCCAGAUUGAGCCAAACGCUCGUCAAUUCCGGACUGGAAAUUGACAACAUUUUAAAUUAUUAUUUUAGUCAACAACAGGCGGGCACAACCAGCUGAAGAAACCAGUGCGCGUUGCGGUUUAGAUGAGCGUCCGUGUUUCAGUGUUUUUGAAAAAUUUGAAAAAAAAAAAUUUGUUAGCGCCAGAAAUUCACAUUCGUCAUGUCGCAAUUCCUGUACGGCAUCAAAGACCGGGCCAUGUCCAGUCUGGCCGAUUUCCGGCGAGGAGCAAACUACGAAGAGUUUGAGAUGCCCAAGAUGAGGAACCUGAAGAACAUCAAACCCAAUCCGUUUAGCAAGCAAGAAGAUGAGAAGGGAUUCAUUACCACUGACGGCGGAGGGGGCACUGUCAUGGGAGAGCUCGGAUCGCCCGAAUCACUGCCCGAAAUGGAACGUCCGCCUUUACGCAAAAUCGACAUGUACAUCCGACCAGAUUGCCCUUGCUGCAGCAUGACCAAAAGAUACACGGUGGCUUUUCUCGCCAGCAUUGGUUUCCUGAUCUCGUUCGGCAUUCGAUGCAAUUUGGGUGUGGCCAUCGUCCAGAUGACGGCCAACAACACUGAAACUGGGGAGCCAGAAUUUGAUUGGACCAAGAGAACUAUCGGACUGGUAGAUUCUUCCUUCUUUUGGGGUUACCUGAUCACUCAAGUCCCAGGAGGUUUCCUCGCUUCCAAAUACGCUGCUAACAAGGUUUUCGGAUCGGCCAUCGUAGUCUCCGCAUGUCUCAACAUGCUCCUACCAGGAGCGGCCAAACUGCAUCCGGUCGUGUUCACCCUCGUCCGCAUCCUCCAAGGACUGGUCGAGGUAAUGCUCACAUUGACGGAUAUACAAUGGAAAGAGAAAAUAAAUAUGUUUUCCUUUUUUUAUUGCGUAAUACAACAGGGAGUCACUUAUCCGGCGUGUCACGGCAUCUGGCGGUGGUGGGCUCCGCCACUGGAACGGUCCCGAUUGGCCACUUUGGCAUUUUGUGGAUCGUACGCCGGGGCUGUAGUCGGAAUGCCCCUGUCCGGAUGGCUGACGGAUGGCAUUAGCUGGCAAGCGCCGUUUUAUUUCUACGGUGUGUUUGGUAUCAUCUGGUACGUCUUUUGGGUGUGGUUGUCGUUCGAAAAACCUUGUCUCCACCCGACCAUCACGCCCAGCGAGCGACUUUACAUCGAAGAAUCGUUGUCGCACGUCCAGCGAACCAUUCCCAAUUUCUACACGACUCCGUGGCGAUGCUUUUUCACUUCGAUGCCCGUCUACGCCAUCAUCGUGGCCAAUUUCUGUCGCUCCUGGACGUUUUACUUGCUGAUUCUCUCCCAACCGAGUUAUUUCAGACAAGUCUUCAAGUUCGACAUUGGAAAGGUGGGAACGUUGGCGGCUCUUCCUCAUUUGGUGAUGACGAUCAUCGUGCCUAUAGGAGGACAAUUGGCGGAUCAUUUGCGUCGCAAUGGAAUUCUUACGACGACAUCCGUCCGUAAAAUUUUCAACUGCGGAGGAUUCGGAAUGGAGGCCAUUUUCUUAAUGGUGGUGGCUUACACGCGUGACACGACCAUCGCCAUCACGACUUUAACUCUGGCCGUCGGUUUCAGCGGUUUCGCUAUAUCAGGUUUCAACGUCAAUCAUUUGGACAUUGCUCCCCGCUACGCCAGUAUCUUAAUGGGAAUCUCUAACGGAGUUGGAACGUUGUCGGGCAUGUUUUGCCCCAUUGUUGUCGAGUCGCUCACCAAAAAUGAGAAACCGGAGGAGUGGCAGACGGUCUUUGUCAUUGCAUCGGUGAUUCACUUCCUGGGCGUCGGCUUUUACGCCGUGUUCGCGUCUGGCGAACUCCAGCCGUGGGCCGAGCCCAAAGACGACGAAGAGGAUGUGCCAGCUCUCACAGCAGCUCCCACAACGGCCUGGAAUCCAUUCGAUUCUCAACAGAAACCCCAAUACAACGGAGAGCAACAACCAAACUACGCCUCUACGGAGACGACGCCAGCUGUUCAGGGUAGCAACAAUCCUUUCAACGGUCGAUUACAUUCCUAUGGAGCCACAGCUGACUAUUCCUAUCAAGAGCAACAGCAAGCUCCGCCCAGACCACCCUACCCUGGUAAUCCCGGAUCAUUCCAAGCAGAUUUCUCAAACGUUCAACAGGUUCAACCAGCUGCUCAGGAUAUCUACAUGCACGGCACUCUGCAAGAUAGGAAUUACUAGAUAGAUCAAAAAAGAAUUAAAAUGAUUUAAAAAAAAAUAUCUACUAUAAAAGAAAAUGUUUUACAUUCUAACUUUAUAUCUUGAUCGAUGGACUGAAAGUAUACUCUUCUCUCAAGAACUUGUUCUUAAAAAAAAAAAAAAAAAAAUACUGGAUGUAUCCACUGUCAAACAGUUGUGUUUCUUAUCGUUUUUUUUUUAUUUUUAAAAGAGUGACAUCAAUCGAUUUGUAUCAUAAUUGUGGCAAUAACUCGUCGUUAAUUUUUUUUUCUCUCUCCUCCCAAUUCUUUUAAUUCCGUGUCUAUAUAUAAAUAUAUAUAAAUGUUCGGGAGUUUUUCUUCAUCGAUAAAAACUCGACGUUAUAUAUAAAACUUAAAAAAAACUGAUCGAGAAUUUUGAUCUCAGUGUUUCGCGACAGGUACCCCCAAUUUAAACUUCUUACCGAUAGAAUUUCCUGAAAUCCUUUCAAACUCUGUAAUCUGACUAAUCUCUUCAACAGAAUCAUGUUCCACAUUCCUAUUACAUGUUGGAUUUGAAUGUUUUGCUGUCAUUGCUGUUAUGAGUGAAUAUAUAGAUAAUCGAGA